AUUGAUGUUUUAGAUACAAGCUGAAAAUCAGGUUAAAUAUUUAAGUUUAAAAUUUAUUUCCAAAAUUAGAUAAAGAUUCACUAAGUUAACUUUUACAUUGACCCUUAAAAUGUUAUGAAUUUUACUUACAUAUAUAAAAUUAUUUUUCAGAUUCUGUUUCCUAAAGCGCCAAAACGACAGGGUGAUUUUUUGCAUUUUUUAAAAGUGAAGAAGGUGAAAACAGACACAGAAAGUAAUGAAGUGAGCAAAAAUCAUUGCGGAUUGUCUAAGGCAAAGGAACCAGAUUUUGAGUAUAUUGAACAGCCAAUCACUGAAGAAAAACCAUCAUGUUCAUCAAAGGAAGAAAUAGAUAAUCUUGUGCUUCCAGAUUGUUGGAAUGAAAAACAAGCAUUUAUGUUUACAGAACAGUACAAAUGGCUUGAAAUAAAAGAAGGUAAAUUAGGAUGUAAGGAUUGUUCAACAGUUCGGCAUUUAGGAUCAAAAGCAGAAAAGCAUGUUCAUGUGUCCAAGGAAUGGAUUGCAUAUUUAGUAACCCCUAAUGGCAGUAAUAAAACUACUAGACAAGCUUCUCUACGAAAAAAAAUUAGGGAACAUGAUGUUUCUAAAGCUCAUGGUAAAAUUCAGGAUUUGUUAAAGGAAUCAGCUAAUGAUUCAAUUUCUAAUUUAGUACAUAAACAAAACAAUAAAAACAUUGAUGCUACUGUAAAAGUUUUCAAUACUGUUUACAGUUUAGUAAAACAUAAUAGACCUUUAUCUGAUAUUGAGGGGGCAAUGGAAUUACAGGAAAAAAAUGGAGAGGUAAAUUGUUUAAAUACACGUUACAGUGCAACAAGAAUAGCAGAACAUAUUGCAAAAGAAAUGAAAAUGAAGAUAUUUACGAAUAUUAUAGAAGAGAAUGCCAAAAUCUGUAUCAUGAUUGAUGAGGCAUCUACAGUUUCAAAGAAAAGCACCCUAGUGAUUUAUCUCCAGUGCACAAUUCAGUCAGCUUCUGCACCUGUUAUGUUAUUUGUUGCUUUAAAAGAAUUGGUGUCAACUACAGCAGAGUAUAUUUUCAAUACAUUAUUGUCUACUUUAAAUGAUUGUGGUUUUACAAAUGAUUAUUUGAAAGCAAAUCUAAUUGCAUUUUGUUCUGAUGGUGCUAAUACAAUUCUGGGAAGAAAGUCUGGAGUAACUACAAAAUUGUUAGAAAAUUUUCCUGAAAUCAUCAUUUGGAACUGUUUAAAUCAUCGAUUGCAAUUGUCACUUGAUGAUUCUAUAUCUGAAAUAAAACAAAUUAAUCAUUUAAAAAUAUUUCUUGAUAAAAUUUAUUCUAUUUAUCAUCAACCUAAUAAAAAUCAAACCAAGCUUCUAGGAACUGUAACUAAAGAACUUGAAACUGAAAUUAUUAAAAUUGGUCGGGUUAUGGGACCAAAAUGGGCAGCAUGUAGUUUACAAGCUGCUACUGCUGUAUGGCAUGCAUAUCCUGUAUUAUAUGUGCAUUUUUCUCAUUCUUACUCUGGUUUGGCAAAGAGAUUAGCUAACAUUAAUUUCUUACAAGACCUUGGUUUAAUGAUUGACAUCCUUGAAGAAUUUUCAGUACUUUCAACUGCAUUACAGUCAAGAUCAACUAAUAUUCAGAAAGCACAAAAAUUGAUCAAAUGUACCAUAAGAGCUUUGGAAAACUUAAAAAUUCGUACUGGAAAGUACGAAUCUCAAAUUGAAGAUUUAGUCAAGUCAGAUAAGUUUAAAGAUAUUCCAUUUAAUAAAAACAAUAAAUUUAAUGCUCUUCCUAGGAAUAUCUUACUAGACAAUAUAAUUCAGCACAUGAAUCUACGCCUUUUAUCUGAGCAAAACCAUGAUGAAAGUAUUUUUAAUUACUUUGAUUUGCUAGAACCUUCUACAUGGCCUUAUGAAGAAAUAACUUCACCAUGGAUAGCUGGUGAAAAAAAAUUAUUUCAUUUGUGUGAAAUUUUAAAAUAUGAAGUUGAUUUGAAUGAUUUUCGGGAAUUUGUAAACAACAAUAUAAAAUCAAACAAUGUUUCAAUUCCUCCAACUAUACAAAAAGCUAGAAAGAUAGUUAGCACCAUUGCAAUCAAUAGUGCUGAAGCUGAAAGAGGUUUCAAUUUAAUGAACAUAAUUUGUACAAGGGUGAGAAAUAGUUUAACAAUAGAUCAUGUAUCAGAUUUAAUGACAAUAAAUUUAUUGGGGAAGGAAUUAGCAGAUUGGGAUGCAACACCAUAUGUAAAAUCUUGGUCAAAUUGCAACCACAGGUUGGCCACAGAUACAAGAGUUCGGCAAAAGUCAACAAAAGUCUUCCAUGAGAAUCAAUUGGCUAUAUGGAACUUACAAUAGAAUAUUGUAUGUGUUUUUUAUCAUCUGUAAAUUAUGUACUAUACAUCCUUUAUAUAUAUAAAGGGUUUUUUUGUUGUUUUGGAAAACCAGUUAAACUUUUAUCAGCAUGUUGCUGUUUAAAAGGCGUUUAGCAAGAUAACCUUGAAGACUGGUUUUAGGAGCUAUAGUUUUUUAGAUUGGCCCAUGUUUGCUGGAGUUGGUCAUAAUACAUAUUCCAUGAAGUUCUGUACAGAACAAACACCAUUUAUAAUUUUGUACUGUUUUACUUUAAGUAAGGAUGCAAAAAAAAAAAAAAACAACUCAGGUCCUGGAGGUUACAUCAAAUAAAAGAGAAAUGGAAUCAAAACUG